AUGAAAUUAAUAAAACUAUUUUCCUCAUUAGGAAAUAUUAUUAUGAUUAGUGGAGUAUUUCUUUUAAUAUUUUCAUUACUACUAUUCAUCAAAAUUAAAUUUCAUUUUGAAAUAAAUCUACACAUAAUCUCAAUACCCCUCUAUUUACUAUUAGUAUUAUCAAUAAUAUCCACAUUUACAACUUUAAAGAAUAUUAUAAAUUGGAAACCUUUGUGGUGUAUCUAUAUUGCGGUAUGGUUUAUUUUUUUAACAAUUACAAAUGAAUCUGUUCAAAGAAAAUGGGAAUUCAAUAAAUAUUUUAAAGGAUUUAUUGCUAUUCAAUCAACUAUUCUAUUUGCUCUAUUUAUGUUGGGUUUAAAAGAUCUAAUAUUAUUUAUUGGAAAGAUUAAAUAUGGUUUUAAUAUUAGAUAUGUAAAAUACAUAUUUACAGUUUUAAUAUCAGUAAUUAAAAUACCUGCAAUUAUUUUAUUCUGCUUAAAUUGGGUACCAUCAGAAAGUAAAGGUGAAUACUACUUUUCAUAUAGUCUACUAGGAUGCAUGUCUUCUUUUUUUGUUGCUGAUAUAAUUACAAUUGGUUUUUGUAUUUCAUACAUGUCAUAUUCUUUUUUUAAAAUAUUUACAAACCAAGCUGAUUUAUAUCCGAUUAUGGGUUUUCCGAUGAUUAUAAUAAUAAUCAUUUCUAUUACAUCUAUUAUAUUUAAAAUAUUUGUUUCUCUAAUCAUAGAUUAUAAACAUUCUCUUAAUCUAUAUCUUUUAUUUUCACCAAUAGUGUUCGGUGAAUCUUUAAUUAUUUUGCUAGGAUAUAGUUUAAAAAAGUCAGGUUAUACACUAUCAAAUAUUUUCCCAAAUAGAGAAGAAAACAUACCAAUAAUCAAUUACAUAAUUUAA